CGAUUGAUAAAAACAAGGAAAAAGACAUUGCACAUAACGCAAAGUAAAGUCACCAUGAAGAAGUACAUUUUAUUCUUUUUCGCAUUGUUUAUCUGCAAAAUUGCCUUUGGAUCAGAUUUAACAGUUAAAGAUCGGUUUGUGAAUACAUUUUGUCGUUUUCUUCCAAUAGCUAGAAAUAAUAUUUCUAAUUGUAUCCUAAACAACGUUACUAAUUCUUUCAAGAAAACGUUACAAGAUUUUACUGCGUGUUUCGGAAAAACUUCCUUUACAGAUGCUAUGAACGUGAUUUGCAUGUCAAACGAAAAAAUAGAUGACGUGAAAAUGACAUAUUCAAAUUGCUUUGAUCUCUUGUCUGUGAAUGAAGAUGACACUGUAUACAUUGCCGUAUUGAAGUGUUUUCUUAUUUAUGUUGUAGAAUAAAAUACUUUUGUUAAAAACUUGUAUAAUAUAUCAAAAAUGCUAUUAAAUGUGUUAAUUAAUAAAAUAAUCACAUUAAUCAAUGUAAUUAUUUUUUGUAAGGCUUUCUGUAAAAGGUUUUCGGAAAUUGGUAUUUUGCAAAAGAUUGGACAUUAAAUACUUUUAACUCUUAUCUAGGCGAAUAUGUAUCCAGCAGAUACAUGGUGUGUUUUAAUUGAAUUUCUCAAAAAUAAAUAACAGUUGAACUUUGA